AUGUCCUAUUUCCUGUCUCACAGAAUCCUGGCUGAUAUAGGACAGGAAGGCUGCGAGACUGCUGCACAGGUGGCGGAGGAGGCCAUCAAGGCCGAGCGGCUUUGCCCGAUCGCGCUCAGUGUCUCAGUGGCAGGAUCGUGGUUUAUCGGUGUGAUUUAUCUGCUGUCGCUUCUAUUCUCUGUGCAGUCGAUCGCUUCGGUACAGAACACCUCCUAUGCCCUGCCGAUCACGCAGCUGAUCUACGACGCCGUCGGGCGGGAGUUGGCAAUCUUGCUGAUCGUGAUUAUCCUUGUUGCCCAGUGGGCAGCAGCACUAACUGCGUGGACCGCCAGCUCACGACUAUUCUUCGCCCUCGCUCGGGAUCGCGCGUUCCCCUUCCAAAAGACGUUCAUGACUCUCAGCCAGACAGGAGCCCCAUAUGCCGGCGUCUGGUUGUCGGUCUUUGUCGGUUGUGUGAUAGCGGCUGCGUACAUUGGCAGUGCCAUCGCGUUCAACGGUAUUCUCGCUGCUGCUGCGAUAGGAGUGCUUCUCAGCUACAGUGUACCGAUUUUCUGUCGAGUUUUCUGGCCGAAUACGUUGGACGAACGCGGCCCUUUUACACUGGGGCGAUAUAGCUGGACGCUCAAUCUGCUCAGCCUUCUAUUCUGUCUCUUCUCUUGCGUCCUGUUUAUCUUGCCGACAAGCACUCCAGUAACGAGCUUGAACAUGAAUUACGCAAUCCUUGCCAUUGGGGCGAUCCUUAUUCUUGUUGCGUUGCAAUAUCUUAUUUGGGGCCAGUGGAUUUUCAGAGGCGUCGUGACGACAUAUGGAGCUACGUCAUUGGCGGAAGGAGUGGACAUAACUGGGGAGGAGAAGGGAAAUUAUAUCAGUGUUCGGGGAACGAUUAGUGAUCUGUAG